AUGACCAUCUUCAACUGGAAGACCCUACAGGCGGGCCUUUUGUUUCUUCUUGUGCAAGCCCCGACCUUAAUCUUAGUAGUACCCGCAGGAUUGCUGAAAGACAAAGUCGGAACACCCGGAACUGCCGGAACUGAAUGGGCAAAUCGUGGAAAUGAAGGUCGUACCAUCUUUAUUCUCGCACUCUUGGCGAUCGGGGUUUGGAGAACGUUACCUCUCGGUUUUGGCGCUAUUGAGGUGCUGCGUAAGUACAUUCUGGAACUAUAA